AUGUUGUUAUAUGCUGGCUCAGCAAUUGCUCAGGGGCCAUAUGUUGGCCGAAUCGAUUGUGGGUCAGAGUGGAAACCAACAAGUGAGAAACCACUCUGGUUACUACUCUCAGGAGCUACUGAUCCACCAAAAGAAAUUGGAAUUUCUAAAAGGAGAACUCGAGAUGCACAGGGAGAUAGGAAUGGUGCAUUUCUUGCUGGCGUGACUCGAGAUUUGGUCAACAUGGAAGAUGUAGUUGGAACAAAGCUGUUCAACACUGUUAAAGAUCUUUAUCUAACUAAGACCGCAGCUCUCCGACAUGUCACCAUGGUCUUUAAAAAAUGCAAGCAAACAAAGGCCAAGCCUAUGUUAUACUAUACUGGGCAUGGUGAGAUUGGUACUGGAAACUGGUGCUUUGCCGAUGGGACAAUCAGUAUCCAAGAGAUUUUUGACAUGGUGCCUGUGGGCGGUUGUUACCCGAUGAUCUUCAGUGAUGCCUGUUACAGUGGCCACUGGGCAAAUUUCUGUCUGGCGAAAGGUAUUUCCGGUUUCCACUGCCUGGCAGCAUGUCCGGAGUAUUCAGUGGCUCUUGAUUCCAAAGGUGUGUAUGUUUCACAUGAUUUAUAAAUAUGAAAAAAAAAAACUAUUAAAUUAUAUCAGGCGUAAAUCAGGAACUAAGCCAGUGGCGUCGUUUCCAGCUCGAAGUAUGCAGUUAAACAAAGCUUCUUUAAUUAAGCUAUAUGGAAAACGCCCGUCGUGAUUAUUUCUCCAGUGGAACCUCGAUAUAGCAGAGAGCUAAGGGAUUGGCAAAAUUUGUUCACUAUACAGUGCAACCUGGAGAUAACGAAGCUCUAUGUAACGACUGCCUCGGUAUAACGACAGCCUUGGUAUAACCUAAGAUUUUUUUUUUCAACCCCAGUAAUAAUAAAUUAUAAUUAUAUGAAGAGAAAGCCCGAUGUAAGGAAACCUCCUUAUGGCGAACAAAUUUUGGCAUUCCGUUGGCCCUUCGUUAUAUCGAGGUUCUUUUCCACAUAUUUUACUACAGUCGAACCUCCAGUAAUGGCCUUUUUUUUCGUCCCGGCUGACAGUCCAUACAUCGAUUCUUGUUUAAACCUCUCUACAACGGCAACGGCCACUUAAGCGCGUCCCCAAUUAACUGCCCAAAUAACCUCUCGACAACGGCCAGUUUUUUCAGCCACUGACGAGAAAGUCAGAAAUGGUACGGGUCGUAACAUUUGAUCCAUAACAGUUGAUGUUUAAUGGCAAUAGUAUCUAUAUGUGAUUGUGUUCAGUUAUUCUGCUGUAGUUAGACUGCAAAACAGUCGGGUUUUUUUCUCAAAAUCAGUAAAGAAAUCGGUAAAGCGUGGUGUAAGAGUCUUGCGCGUGCGAAGCGCGCGAGCCUCACACGCCCUUAAGGCGUAUAGCGUCUCUCCCCAGUCUCUCUCUGUUUUCAGCCUCGUUCCAGACCUUUUGUUUGACUGCUCGCGCUUACUUGAAUACGCAAAAAUACGGACUGUUUUGCAGUCUAUGCUGCAGUAAGCUUAAAUUGUCUACAAUACUUAUAGCGAAUAUUGCGAAAUCUGCUCGUUUUGUCAUGAGAACAUUUUGAUUCAAAACGUUAUUGAAGUUUUCCUUGUACAGUAUAUUUUUAUUUAUGAUUGGAUUACCUCUACGCGAUACAGUAAGCAUGAACUUGGCACAAUAAACGUGCUGCACUCCCCUAAAAAUGUUUGUCAUAUAACACUCCUACCUCCCCAUAACGGUCACCUCUCCACAACAGCCACUUUCUUCGAUCCCCAAGAUUUGGAGAGGUUUGACUGAAUUAUUGGGGUAAGGAAAAAUCGUUCUUUAUACCGAUGACUUCGUUAAAUCGUUAGAGGUUCGUUAUAUAGAGAAUACUUCAUGGAAAGUGCUGGCGUACGGUAUUUACGCACGAGUUGUUGACGUAUCAGAAAUCGAACGAGUGAGCGCAGCGAACGAGUAAGAUUUCUGAUACAAAAACAACGAGUGCGUAAAUACCGUACAAAGCACUUUCCAUGUGGUAUUGUGUUUAUUAUAUACAUACUGAGUCAUUCCUCAUUUUGCGGGCCUUUUUAUUUUAAAUCUUUCAAAAAUGCUAAAAUUUGCCGCUACACACUUACCGCAAAAUGACAACGAAAACGAAGUAUCAGCUUUUUAGUAAAAACGUUUGUUAAAAACAUAAAUGACGGUGAGGAUAUGAGGUAAUCCAAGAACUAUAAGUAAUCUUAACUGUUUGUUCUCAAUGCACAAUUGAAAAUGAGUGAAUUUAAGUAAAAUGGCCGGUUUCAAUAUAAACUUAAGCUUAAAUGAAAGGCAAAGUAGCUCCGACAAAAAGCACAACAAAAGCUUACGUCUCAUUCUGUUUAUCCCUUUCCGCUGUUGUUUCGCCGGCUCUCUACCGUAUUUUUUUAUCGACAGUGAAACAAACGAAACUAUUCCACUCCAUUUCCGAAAUGUUUUUCACUUUUUUAGCGAGAAAAACUCCUUGAGUAAAACUUUUCUCGAUGAAUGUGUGCGAAGCGGCGCUGCAAGCUGCAAUAAAAGGCGGGAAUUUUGGCGCGAAACUCGCACACCUCCGUGGCUUCUGAUUGGACGUAUCAUUUUUCUCACACGUGAAAAAACAUCGUUCGCGAUUCUGAUUGGACGUAUCGUUUUUUUCACGUGUGAAAACCAUCGUUCGCUCCUCUGAUUGGCUAGAACUAAUUUGCGUACGAAAAUUUACGACAUAGCUUUUUGGUGAGUAUUUCUCAGUAUGUAUAUAAUAAAUCGUGGUACUAUUCUACUGAUAUUCUGAGGGUUGUCCAAUACUCACAAAUAGACUCCAUUGGUGUUAGUGGUGAUAAGAAGGGUCUCCAUUGGUACCAAUGGUACGAUUGGUACCAACAGAAAAGCAUCCUAUUCCAAUGGUUCUAUUGGUGAAUAUGCACAGGUUAACGAAAAAUCUAAAAACAAGGUUGAAAAGGACAAGAAAAAUUUGUCCAUCUUUAACGAAGUUUUAGCAAAUAAUAUUUCACAAUCCACUGCCUCGAUCUCUUAAUCUCUGAGAAUAAGUAAUCGCCAUAGAGGACCAAUGUAAACCAGAAAAGCAAAUUUUCGAAAGUGGAAGGAAACAUCCGACUAUGGCCUUACUUGUAAGAGUAGGAAAUUUGCGUGUUGAUUUCAUGCCGUUAAAUAGUAUCAAAAUACUCGAACUUCCCCCCUUUGAAUUAACCUUUAAAAGUGAAAAUACGGAGUGACCGAAAGAGAAGUUUAACCUGUUUAGUCGCUUGUGUGGCAUAUAUAACGGGAUCUCGCUGUACGGUCAGGGUCAAAUACUACAAAAAUACCAGGGUCACAUAAAUUACGUUGAAUUCAGGGCUGCUAUAAUUUUAACACAUAACAUUCGAUGAUGCUGCUCCACAUUUAACAAAGUAAAUCAAGGGGUAUAUCUUACCUAAAUGUUAGGCAGCUCUGCAGAUCGUGGACGAUAACCCAGAAAUCCGUGACCGCUUGAAUGUCAACAAAUCAACAUAUCACAACAAACGACCUCGUGAACGCUUUAUCUACUUCAUCAGAGGAGCCAAAUGGACGAAAAUUAACCACCUAAAUGGUCCUUCUCCCAUACAUGACACUUCAACAUGGCUUAGCCAAAGUAUCCAAUCUAUAAGACAUUUCUGUUGUCGAUUAGGUAUGCAAAAAAAUCUCCCUUGAAAGUGCUUCAGAACGGCUUUCGGCCAUUACGAUUUCCCGUCAACAAGUGCUUCAUAGCAAGCUUGACGCAUGCGCAAACGUUACCACUUGCUGUUCUUCCAUGUAGAUAAUGAAAUGGCGCUAAGAAAUUUCAGAAGUUAAUUUCACAGUGAGUUGAGUACAGUUGUUAAAACCUGUUGCCUCGAUACCACUUUGCUAGUUUCGCGCCUUUCCGCGUCGUUUCGGGUUCUUUUAAACAAGUAAGAAUUACCAAAAAAUAGUGCUUGCGUACAGGAAAGAAGACAUUCAUAUGUCAUGUUGUUGUUUGCUCGUGAAUCACAAUAAACAAAACGAACACGACAGUGACGCGUUACCUUUCAAUUUUAAUGUUCGUACGAUGUUUGUUAUACUCGCAGCACCUUGAGAUAUUAUUAGCGCUACAUAUAUAGGUCGCCCUCGCUUUGUAACUAUUAGCGCGUUUCUACUUUGUGUGAAAGCGAACUUGUUUUGCGUGGUUGGCCUAUAGAAAGAGGAAUAUUCAUAGGAAUUAUGUCGCUUUUUUAAUUGGUGUAACAGCGAACUUGUUUUGCGUGGUUGGCUUAUAGAACGAGGAAUAUUCAUAAUAAUUAUUAGCCCGUUUUUACUUGGUGUAAAAGGCAACUUGUUUUGUGUGGUUGGCUUAUAGAACGAGGAAUAUUCAUAAUAAUUAUUAAUGCGUUUUUACUUGGUGUAAAAGCGAACUUGUUUUGCAUGGUUGGCUUAUAGAACGAGGAACAUUCAUAAGAAUUAUAGCGCGCUUUUACUUGGUGUAAAAGCGAACUUGUUUUAACUUGUUUUGUGUGGCUAGCUUAUAGAACGAGGAAUAUUCAUAAGAAUUAUAGCGCGCUUUUACUUGGUGUAAAAGCGAACUUGUUUUGCGUGAUUGGCUUAUAGAACGAGGAAUAUUCAUAAGAAUUAUAGCGCGCUUUUACUUGAUGUAAAAGCGAACUUGUUUUGCGUGGUUUUCUUAUAGAACGAGGAACGUUCAUAAUAAUUAUUAGCGCGUUUCUACUUGGUGUAAAAGUGAACUUGUUUUGCACCAAUAGAACCAUUGGAAUGGCAUCAUUUUCCAUUGGUACCAAUCUUACCAUUGGUACCAAUGGACCUUCGGAAUUGCCCUGUACCCAGCCAGGUCACAUGGGAAAAUAAUCUAAGUCCCCUUAAUGAGAUGCAUAUUCACCAAUAGAACCAUUGGAAUAGGGUGCUUUUCCAUUGGUACCAAUCGUACCAUUGGUACCAAUGGACCAUUGGAAUUGCCCUGUACCCAACCAGGUCACAUGAGAAAAUAAUCUAAGUCCCCUUAAUGAGAUGCAUAUUCACCAAUAGAACCAUUGGAAUAGGGUGCUUUUCCAUUGGUACCAAUCGUACCAUUGGUACCAAUGGACCAUUGGAAUUGCCCUGUACCCAACCAGGUCACAUGGGAAAAUAAUCUAAGUCCCCUUAAUGAGAUGCAUAUUCACCAAUAGAACCAUUGGAAUAGGGUGCUUUUCUAUUGGUACCAAUCGUACCAUUGGUACCAAUGGAUCAUUGGAAUUGCCCUGUACCCAGCUAGACCACAUGAGAAAAUAAUAUGUCUCCUUAAUGAGAUGCAUAUUCACCAAUAGAGCCAUUGGAAUAGGGUGCUUUUCCAUUGGUACCAAUCGUACCAUUGGUACCAAUGGACCAUCAGUUUCACGAAUCGUAUCCGUUUGUGUAUAUUGGACAUGUGUGGAUAUUCUUCACUGUUCAAACUAUUCGUAGAUGAAGGAGGGGAUCUAACACUGUACAUGACUGGAAAGAAACUACGCCCAAGAACAGAGCCGGUGUAUAGUGGCGGAAAUAGACAGGACUUCGACAUCACCAUGGGUUAUGAUACAGUUGAUUACAUUGAUUUCAUCGGUAGCCAUAUGUUCAACAGUCAAAACAUUUUGAUUUCCCAGAACAUGCAUAAUGGGACCUUCUCAGGAGUUUUUGCAAGUUCAAAACUUUAUAAUCCAAGACCUGUGACAACUUGGGGAAUUAGAAGAAACUACGGCCAGUUUCUUGCGUUCGCUAAUGCUGAAGUAAGUAAGUCGAGCAGGAUAUAUUCUCUUGCAUGUGAUGAGAAGUUUGGGUUCGGGGUGUUCUUUAUGAAAGGCUACGGUACGAAACAAGUCAUUAUGAGUAGCACGGUGGACAUAGAGAGAAAAUGGGAUGACGGUCUAGAAAUAACUUCAUGUGCUGCCCUACAUUCAACAUUUUACAUCAUCAUGACAAAGGACACUAAGGAAUACCAUGGAAAACCGCAGAAAUGGUUUACUUGUAGAACGUGGAAAGAAGCAAAUGAUGAUAUACAGGAGGGAUACAAAGAAGGAAGCGUUAUCACGGGAAUAUGUUAUUCGAUUGGGCUGAAGCUGUAUUUUGUUGUGAUGACAGCGUCAAUGGGGGAACAGUGCUCCAGGUGGUUCGACAGGACUGAAAAAAAAGCCAUGAGUGAUUGGGAAAAGAAGAAAUAUGAACAGGGAUUUCAUCCUACUAUCAUCUUCAAUGAUCCAACUGACAAUAAAACUUUAAGUGUGAUGACUAAGGAUAAAAAUAGAUCGGGGUAUGUAAGUCGGACUAACUAUAAAUUAAGGUACUAGUUUCUAUUAGUUUAGUUUAAUCCAGUUGAAUAAGUUGCAUUGAAAAGAAGAAGACUGCAAAGUUUUCAUUUUUCUUAUUGAUUUCAUUCAGAGUUGAUUUCAAUAAUGAAUGCGAUACUUGCUGUCUGAAAAAGCAUAAUUUCUUCCUAUGAAAGCUUACCGGCAAAAUAAACAAGACAAAGUUCUGUCCUGAAGUUGUUUUUCAAACAACUGAGUGGGUCACAAAUAUCAUUAGGUUUGUUUUUUUGUUUGUUUGUUUUUUUUACUUUAAAGGUUUUCUUUUUCAGUCGUCGUGAGGAUCUCAGUUUGCUGUUUUUUUGUUCAGUUUUACUGAUCCGGAUCCAGAUUAUAGAAAUCCAGCUUCUCUUUUGGUCCGGCCACUGAACUCGUUGGUUUAUUUUGGUGGCUUUCCAGUUCUGUUCUAAAGUUACGGAAUGC